AUGAGAGCAUUAAAUCUGUCUAAAAAAGCUAUUUUCUUUGUGGGCUUUUAUCAAUGCUUCAAUCCGUUGAUUUAAUUGGGAAAUUCAUAUUACAACUAUCAUUUCAAUGAAGCAUCAAAAGGUCAUAAUAAUUACAAGAGACUCUAAGAUAGAUAUGGCAGAGUAGACAAUGAAGACAAGCCAGUGGCUUUAAUAACUGGAGCAUCAGAAGGUAUUGGCAGAGAAUUCGCUCUUGAACUAGCUAAAAGUGGUUUUGAUAUUGUGAUUGCAUCCAGAUCUCAGGAGAAACUUGACAAUGCUGCUGAAAUUAUCAGAGCUGAGGUUAAGGGAGCCAAUGUUAAAUCAUUGCCUAUUGAUUUCGCUCAUUCUUAGCCAGAAGAUAUCAGAAAAUUCUUUGAUUAAGCCACUGAAGGGAAUUAAAAUCUAAGAAUCUUAGUGAAUAAUGUUGGAAUUAUUAAGAGGAAUAGAUUCCUAGAGACAGAUCCAUAGAUCCUAAAUGAUAUGAUUUUGAUCAAUGUAUUCGCCUAAGUGUACAUGACAAAGUAUUUCUAGUCAUAUAUUAAGAAAUAAACAGAUGCAUUGAAUACCCGUAUUCGUAUUUAGAGAAAUCAAAGAUAUGCGAUGAUUCAUUUGUCCUCUAUUCUGUCUGAAUUCAAGAUGACUAAGUAGUGCCUGUAUUCCAGUACAAAGAGAUUCAAUGCAGUUUUCUCAAAUUUAACAGGCUUUUGGAGUUCAAGAGGCAGCAAGUUUUACACCGAGAGAGGGGCUUAAUGCCUAAGUCAGGUUGAUAAUAUAUUUGUAAUGCCAGGAAGAACCAGUACAGCUAUGAAUAAUUUCCAAAAAGGAAAAUAUAUCUCACUUCCAAAUGAGACUGCUGAGGGUAGUCUUAGAGAUUUGGGAUUUAGAAGGUAUACUUAUGGCUCCAUAUUACACAGCUAAUAAGGAAAUCUUUUAAAAAUGAUGCCAGAUUCAUUGACACAUUUGAGAAUGGCCAAAGAAGGUAAGCAAGUUGACGAGCCAACUGCUUAGAAAUAAUGA